CCCACCCCCACCUCAAGUAACCCCAUCCAAGCGUCUCCCACACCACACCCUAUCUCAGUCUUGAGGGGGCCUGACUGGGCAGACUCAGAGAACCAACACAUACUCACUAACACAGAUUGAGCAGCCUAGCCCAGAGUAACUGACUGUGGGCCCAGCGUGUGCAGGCUGGCCUGGUCAGCCUUCGGAGUAUGGUCUUGUUGAAGAGCACUUGGCUGUUCCCCAUUCUCUUCCUGGCUUCUCAUGUUGGCGCAGCGGUAGACUUGACGCUGCUGGCAGACCUGCGCCUCACGGACCCCCAACGUUUCUUCCUGACCUGUGUGUCCGGGGAAACCGGACGUGGCUCUGACGCCUGGGGCGAGCCACUGCUGCUGGAGAAAGACGACCGCAUUGUGCGCACCCCGCGCUCCUGGCCCCCACGCCUGGCCCGCAACGGCUCGCACCAACUCACGCUGCAAGGCUUCUCGCAGCCCUCGGACCUGGUGGGUGUCUUCUCCUGCGUGGGCGGCGCGGGGGCCAGGCGCACGCGGGUGGUCUAUGUGCACAACAGCCCCGGAGCCCACCUGCACCCAGACAGAGUCACCCACACAGUGAACAAAGGUGACACGGUUGUGCUUUCUGCACGUGUGCACAAGGAAAAGCAAACAGAUGUGAUCUGGAAGAGCAACGGAUCAUACUUCUAUACCCUGGACUGGCAUGAGGCCCAGGAUGGACAGUUCCUACUGCAACUCCCAAACGUGCAACCAUCUCUGAGUGGCAUCUACAGUGCUACCUACCUGGAAGCCAGCCCCCUGGGCAGCGCCUUCUUUCGGCUCAUUGUGCGGGGUUGUGGGGCUGGGCGCUGGGGACCAGGUUGUACCAAGGAAUGCCCAGGCUGCCUGCAUGGGGGUGUCUGCCAUGACCAGGAUGGCGAGUGUGUGUGUCCCCCUGGAUUCACUGGUACCCGCUGUGAACAGGCCUGCAGGGAAGGCCGCUUUGGACAGAGGUGCCAGGAACAGUGCCCAGGCACUUCAGGCUGCCAGGGCCUCACCUUCUGCCUCCCAGACCCUUAUGGCUGUUCUUGUGGAUCUGGCUGGAGAGGAAGUCAGUGCCAGGAAGCCUGUGCCUCUGGCCACUUUGGGGCUGAUUGCCGCCUCCGGUGCCAGUGUCAGAAUGGAGGCACUUGUGACCGCUUCAGUGGCUGUGUUUGCCCCUCUGGGUGGCAUGGUGUGCACUGUGAAAAGUCAGACCGAAUCCCCCAGAUCCUUGACGUGGCCUCAGAGCUGGAGUUCAACUUAGGGACGAUGCCCAGAAUCCACUGUGCAGCCGCAGGGAACCCCUUCCCAGUCCGGGGCAGCAUGGAACUCCGCAAGCCAGAUGGCACAGUGCUCCUGUCCUCCAAGGCCAUCGUGGAGCCAGAUAGAACCACAGCAGAGUUCGAGGUGUCCCACUUGGCUCUAGGGGACAGUGGGCUCUGGGAGUGCCGUGUGUCAACAUCUGGUGGCCAGGACAGCCGACGCUUCAGGGUCAACAUCAGAGCAGUACCCCCAGUGCCCCUGGCUGCUCCUCUGCUCCUGGCCAGGCAGAGCCGCCAGCUUGUGAUUUCUCCACUGGUCUCCUUCUCUGGGGAUGGACCCAUCACUUCUGUCCGCCUGCAUUACCGACCCCAGGACAGCACCGUGGACUGGUCUGCCAUUGUGGUGGACCCCAGUGAGAACGUGACGAUUGUGAACCUGAGGCCCAAGACAGGCUACAGCAUUCGAGUGCAGCUGAGUCGGCCAGGGGAAGGGGGCCAGGGGGCCCCAGGACCUCCCGCUUUCAUGACCACUGACUGUCCUGAGCCCUUGCUGCAGCCAUGGCUGGAGAGCUGGCACUUGGAGGGCCCCGACCGCUUACGAGUGAGCUGGUCCCUACCCUUGGUGGCUGGACCACUAGUGGGUGAUGGCUUCCUGCUUCGCCUGUGGGAUGGGGCACGGGGACAGGAGCGGCGGGAGAAUGUCUCAUCCCCCCAAGCCCGCACUGCCCUCCUGACGGGACUCACUCCUGGCACCAAAUACCAACUGGAUGUGCGGCUCUACCACUGCACCCUCCUGGGCCCUGCCUCACCCACUGCACGUGUGCAGCUGCCACCCAGUGGUCCCCCAGGGCCCCCAGGGCCCCCAGGACCCCCAGCCCCACGACACCUCCAUGCCCAGGCCCUCUCAGAGUCAGAGAUCCAGCUGACAUGGCAGCGCCCAGAGGCUGCAGCUGAGCCUAUAUCCAAGUACAUUGUAGAGAUGCAGGUGGCUGGGGGCUCAGGAGACCCACAAUGGAUGGACGUGGACCGGCCUGAGGAGACAAGCACUAUUGUCCGAGGCCUCAAUGCCAGCACGCGCUACCUCUUCCGUGUGCGGGCCAGUAUCCAGGGGCCUGGGGACUGGAGCAACAUGGUAGAAGAGUCCACCCUGGGCAAUGGGCUACAGAGUGAAGGUCCAAUUCAGGAGAUCAGAGCAGCUGAAGAAGGCCUGGAUCACCAGCUGAUACUGGCUGUAGUUGGCUCAGUGUCUGCAACCUGCCUCACCAUCCUGGCCGCCCUCUUAACCCUUGUGUGCAUCCGCAGAAGCUGCCUACACCGCAGACGCACCUUCACCUACCAGUCAGGAUCGGGUGAGGAGACCAUCUUGCAAUUCAGCUCGGGCACCUUGACGCUGACCCGGCGGCCCAAACCACAGCCAGAACCUCUAAACUACCCAGUACUGGAGUGGGAGGACAUCACCUUUGAGGACCUCAUCGGAGAGGGCAACUUCGGCCAGGUCAUCCGGGCCAUGAUCAAAAAGGACGGACUCAAGAUGAAUGCAGCCAUCAAGAUGCUGAAAGAAUAUGCCUCUGAGAAUGAUCAUCGUGACUUUGCUGGAGAACUAGAAGUACUCUGUAAAUUAGGGCAUCAUCCCAACAUCAUCAACCUUCUAGGGGCCUGUGAAAACCGAGGUUACUUGUAUAUUGCUAUUGAAUAUGCCCCCUAUGGGAACCUGCUGGAUUUUUUGCGGAAGAGUCGGGUCCUAGAAACGGAUCCAGCUUUUGCUCGAGAGCAUGGAACAGCCUCCACCCUCAGCUCCCGGCAACUGCUGCGUUUUGCCAGUGAUGCUGCCAAUGGCAUGCAGUAUCUGAGUGAGAAGCAGUUCAUCCACAGGGAUCUGGCUGCCCGAAACGUGCUGGUAGGAGAGAACCUGGCUUCCAAGAUUGCAGACUUUGGUCUUUCUCGAGGGGAAGAGGUUUAUGUGAAGAAGACAAUGGGACGUCUCCCAGUGCGCUGGAUGGCUAUUGAGUCUCUGAACUACAGUGUCUAUACCACCAAGAGUGAUGUCUGGUCCUUUGGGGUCCUCCUCUGGGAAAUCGUGAGCCUCGGAGGCACACCCUACUGUGGCAUGACCUGUGCUGAGCUCUAUGAGAAGCUGCCUCAGGGAUACCGCAUGGAGCAGCCUCGGAACUGUGAUGAUGAAGUGUACGAGCUGAUGCGGCAAUGCUGGCGGGACCGUCCCUAUGAGCGACCCCCCUUUGCCCAGAUCGCACUUCAGCUGGGCCGAAUGUUGGAAGCCAGGAAGGCUUAUGUGAACAUGUCGCUGUUUGAGAACUUCACUUACGCUGGCAUCGACGCUACAGCUGAGGAGGCCUGAGCUACCACUCGACUAGCACCUGGCUCUGCUGGCCAGAGCAAGCUCCAUUCUCCAACUUGUGACUUUUGGUCCAGCCUCUGACCUGAAUUGGCUUAGAAUUAUUUUUUUUUUAAUUUAAAGAAGAGAGGGGAUCCAAGAUUGGGGUGGGCUUAGGGAAAUUGGGUCCUCAUCCACUGCAGUUGCUCCCUUCUCCUGUAAUUGCUUCCUAUACUACCCUUCACGUUCUUCCUUCUAGUUCAACAAGUGUUUCUUUUCUGCCACUUCCUACACUCAAACCCUAACUUUAGCUCCUCUACCAGAACCAGCUCUCAUAUAAUUAACAUGUUCUGUUCAGCUGUUUCCCACUCCUAACCUUGUAAUCAGAAAAAAUAAAUGCUCUGAGGAACUCCA